AUGAUAGACGCCGACAUUGCUAGACUCUCGUCGAUCCCGUGGGCCGCCAAGCUCAUCAACGACAAGCGCUGGACACCUACGCCGAGCUCCAAUCGAUUCCCAAAGCCAACGGGCGAGGAUGCCUUCUUUGCAGAGACGCUUGACACCAGUCGUACGAUACGCACCAUGUUGACGCUGAAGCCGGCGAAAGAGGAGGACGGUGACCUGGCGUACAAGGAACUUCUGGUUAUCCUGGACCUUGGCGACGGUCUGAAUGGCUAUCCACAAGUGCUGCAUGGCGGAUUUGCCGCCACCCUACUCGACGAAACCUGUGGAGGUCUGAUCCAGUUGAAUGUUUUUGAGAAGGUAAAGAGACUAGGCUCCCAGCAUGCCAUGAAUUACCUUACUGCCUAUCUGAACACGACUUACAAGAAGCCAGUGCCUGUGCCCGGGCCAGUGCUUUGUACUGCAAAGAUAGAGCGACAGGUCGGCAGGAAGUUGUACGUACAUGCGACUGUUGAGGACGGUACAGGUACGGUAUAUACUACCGGAGACUGCAUGUUUGUCGAGGUGAGGCCGAAACUGUAG